CCAUCUUUACUUCCUCCCAUUCGUCUCAUAAUUUAAAUUCUGUUCUAUCGAAGUCAGUGUUUUCGUAACCCCCCUCACGGUUUUCUCGACACUUCGAAAAGUUGUUUCCAAUCCUGUCUCCUGUCUUUCAUUUCUGGUAUCAUACGUACAGAGUCUACAUGACAAGUGGAAAAAACUAAAAAUGGGAUCAAAAGUUGCUGAGUUUUAUGAUGGAAAAAAUAUAUUUAUCACUGGUGCUACCGGCUUCCUUGGUAGCUGUCUAAUUGAAAAAUUAUUACGCACUACCGCCAUUAAAAAUAUAUAUGUAUUGAUAAGACCGAAAAAAGGUAAACAAAUAAAUGAACGGUUGGAAGAACUCACCAAGAACUCGGUCUUUGACCGAAUUCACGAGGAAAAGAAAGCGGAUUUAUUUAAAAAAUUAAUCGCCGUUGCUGGUGACGUUGGCGAGGAUAAUUUGGGUCUGUCUGCUGAAGACAGAUUUACUCUCGUAGAAGAGGUCCAUGUUAUUUUUCACUCCGCGGCGACUUUGGACUUUGAGGCGAGUUUGAAGUCUGCGGUCGACAUAAACCUUUUGGGAACUCGUCGGGUCGUGGAACUCAGCCAAGAAAUUAGAAAUCUCAAGGCAUUAGUUCAUGUGUCAAGUGCGUUUGUCAAUUCAUUUUUACUGGAGACUAAGGAACAAGUUUACCCACCGCCAGCGGACGUAAACGAAGUUCUCAAGAUUGUAAAUGAACUGGAUGAAAAAGCCCUGGCUGAAGUAACACCGAAGCUGCUGAAAAAUCACCCAAAUGCUUAUACGUUCACGAAACAUCUAGCUGAGCAUGAAGUCGUCAACGGAUUGCUACCAGCAGCGAUCGUCAGGCCUUCGAUGAUCGUAGGAGCAUGGAAAGAACCAAUACCUGGAUGGACUACAUCAAAAAAUGGACCCCAAGGUUUCCUGAUGGGAGCUAGUCGAGGAGUUGUACGUCGGUUACCUGUCGCUAAAGAUCUUAUUUAUGAUUACAUUCCUGUCGACAUUGUAGUUAACUCUCUUAUUGUUGCUGGUUACGUCGUUGGUUCUAAUCCCGACAAAGUGAUCAAGGUGUAUCACUGCACGUCCAGUACUUGCAAUCCGUUUAGAUGGGCAGCCAUUGAAUCAAAAGUUAAUGGAUAUUUACAUAAAUAUCCAUUGAAAAGCGCAGUUUGGUACCCGCAUCUCAAGCUCCUGCCUUCCUUAUGGAUCUACCGGAUCUCUGCUAUUUUUGUUCAUAUGAUACCGGCCUACAUUCUGGACACGGUCACUCGUUUGUCUGGCGGUAGACCCAUACUGGUACGCUUGCACACGAAUGUUAAUAAUUCGUUGGAACGUUUAGAGAGAUUCAUUUUUACUGAAUGGAAGUAUCAUAAUCCGAAAUUACUUGCAUUGCACGAGUCUCUGACAGCUGAAGACAAAAAAUUGUUUGGUGUUGAUGUCAGACCGCUGAACUGGGAAGAUUUUUUUAUCGAAUUAACUAAAGGGGUCAGAGUUUAUUUGAGUAAAGAACCGAUGAAGAAUAUUGAGAAAGCUCGUUCUAAGGAUAAUAUACUUCUUAUCGCACACUUGGGGCUGCAAUGCGCACUUAUGGGAUUAAUUUGGUGGAUUGUCAAAGUAAUUCUAGGGUCAACGUGGACCACAACUGGGAUGGUUGUACCUCUAACUUAUUUUAUAUUCAGUCUGCUUUAAAUAAAUAUCACUUCUCCAUUUAUAAAUUCAUAAACAAUACAAAUAUUCAUCAUUUACUUCCAUAAAUUAAUCUAGAGUUUAUUAUCCAUAAUUUUUUUUUUUUUUUUUUUACUAGUUUUCCAUUCAAGAUAAAAAUAAAACUUUUAAUCGCAAUAAAAAACUGAAACAAUUCCAACGCAUUUAAAUUAAAACUUCGUGACUGAAUUUUCCGAUUUUUUUUUUAUAAAAAAAAAAUUUCCAUCAUCACUUUUAUUAAGAAGUCAUUACAUUUUAUUACCUAGUAUAAUGAAUAAAUUUAAUCCCAGCUCAUUUACUAUUAUUCCAAACACUGAAUCACGAUCACCGUUAAAUUAAAGAUACAAUCGAUAAUAUAUGCUUGCAGUUGAUCUAUCGUUAAUUUAUAAAGAUAAUUAUUAAAGAGAGAAAAAACAACUACUUGCAAUAAAUUUUUUUCAUUAUACGUACAAGCGGAAAAAUAAAAAAUUUAAUUGUCACGUAAUUUUCUCAUGUUUAGUUACAAAAUAACAUUACAAAGUUUGAUGAUUAAUAAAAAAAAUAAAAAAAUUUAUGAAUGUAUUUGAAUAAAGAAAAAGCUUGAUAUCAAUUAUUAAUAAUUAAUUAUAAAAAUAUUUUAUUAGAGUCGUCUGUAAUUUUAAUGACAUUAAUAAAAAUAAAUAUUUUA